CAGAGAAGCUGAGGAAAGGCCUUGAGAAAGAGAACCAAAUCCUUUUCUUAACCUUCACGCCUCCAUUACACCCUCUCUCUCUCUCUCUCUCUCUCUCUCUCUCUCUCUCUCUCUCUCUCUAGAGUAAAUUAACUCUUUUCACUCCACCUCUCACUUCUCAUAAAAACCUCUGUUUUUCUCUCCCUGUUUUCUAUGCAUUAAAAUCCCUCCAGACGACCACACCUUCUGAUUCUUGACACUUCCCUCAAGUCCCUUUAAUCCUUUGGGUUAAACUCUCUUACCCCCACAAUAAUUUCUCUUUAAAUUCUCGAAUCCAUUCGGGACUUUUGUCCUCAGCUAAAAAACACAGGGAAAAAAAGAAAUAAGCAGAGACUUUUACAGAGUCGAAAAGAACAGAGGAAAAGAGGGGGGGAAAAAAAAAGAAAGAAAGAACCGUAGAAUUUUCUUAGUCUUUCCAUUUCUUUGUCCCUCUUCUUUUUUUCUUUUAAUCGUCUUUUUUACUUCUUUUUUUUCUUGAGAUUUGGCGACAUGGGUUCUUGUAAAGAUCAAGAAGAACAGCAAGCGAAGUGUGUCUGGAUUCAAGGACCUAUUCUUGUAGGUGCAGGACCAUCGGGUUUAGCAGUCUCUGCUUGCCUUUCUAAACAUGGUAUUCCUUCGGUAAUUCUUGAGAAAAGCGACUGUAUAGCUUCUUUAUGGCAACAAAGAACCUAUGAGCGUCUCAAACUUCAUCUUCCUAAACAAUUUUGUGAGCUUCCACUUCUGGGUUUCCCGGAAAAUUUUCCAAAAUACCCAACAAAGCGCCAGUUCGUCUCGUACUUGGAGUCCUACGCUUCACACUUCUCGAUAAAACCCAGGUUCAACCAAACCGUUCAGAGCGCCGAGUUCGAUUCAGGUUCUGGGUUUUGGAGGGUUCGGACUCAGGAUUCCAAGUACUUUUCGCGUUGGCUUAUCGUCGCUACCGGAGAGAAUGCAGAGCCCGUAAUACCAGAAAUUGUUGGGAUGGAGAAGUUUCACGGACCUGUGGUCCAUACCAGCGGUUACAAAUCCGGUUCUGAUUUCAGAAACCAUAAAGUUCUGGUCGUCGGGUGUGGCAAUUCUGGCAUGGAAGUGAGCUUGGAUCUUUGCAGACACAAUGCGAUACCUUAUAUGGUUGUUAGAAACACUGUUCAUGUUCUACCUAGAGAGAUGUUUGGAUUCUCAACAUUUGCAAUAGCAAUGGCGCUUCUUAAAUGGUUGCCACUGAGACUAGUAGACAAGAUCCUUCUACUGGUUGCCAACUUCACACUCGGCAAUACAGAACAAUUAGGCCUUCGGCGGCCAAAAACUGGACCAAUUGAGCUCAAGAAUGCCACCGGAAAGACUCCGGUGCUCGAUGUCGGAGCAUUAUCCCAGAUAAAGUCCGGCAAAAUAAAGGUUAUGGAAGGUGUGAAGGAGAUAACAAGAAACGGUGGCAGAUUUAUGGAUGGACAAGAAAAGGAGUUCGACUCUAUAAUCUUAGCAACUGGUUAUAAAAGUAAUGUUCCUACAUGGCUCAAGGGUUGUGAUUUCUUCACCAACGAUGGAAUGCCUAAAAUUCCAUUUCCAAACGGCUGGAAAGGAGAGAAUGGACUUUAUACCGUUGGGUUCACAAGAAGAGGCUUAUUGGGAACGGCCUCUGACGCCGAUAAAAUUGCAAAGGACAUUGCUGAUCAGUGGAGGACAAAGAAGGAAUGCAAAAAUUCCUAUAAUUCCCAUAUUAUCCUUCUCAAGAAAUCAUAAUCAAAUUAAAUUGUAGAAAAAAAAAGGAAAAAAAAGAAGAAAAAAAAGAAGAAAGAAUUAGACUAUUCUCGGAGUUAGGUUGUCACAUGGUGUAAAUUACUUUUCACCUAGUCAGAAUUGUACUUCAUUUUAUUUUUUUCUUUAAUUUUUUUUUUCCCCUUGGAAAAUUUUGUAUAUCUAACAAUUUUGCAUGUGAGUUUCCUCUCAUCAUGAUGUAAUGUUUCUUGGCUUUGUAUAAACAGAAUUUCUGAAAUAUAAUGUG